GCACCGAGAAAGUUUUCUUCCGGGUCGAUGGAUUUCCAACAUGGUUGCAAGCAUGCAAGUAAUAAACUGUAAAGGGUGAACAAUUCGUCCUCAUUUAUUUUCCGACUGAACAUUCUGAUAAAGGUGCCUUUUCGGAAACAUACAUCCAGGUACCUUAACAACGAGCAGUAUUAUUUUGCGCAGAUUAAAAAGGAUGGCGUUUUUUGGAAGUCUCAAACCUAUGCUGUGGUCUGUUCUGCAGGCAUCCCGCCCUGUAUGCUCAUGGCCUGGACCUGUCUUCACCAGGACAAUGGCCACACUUAAUCAAAUGCAUCGGAAGGGAAAACCCUCCCCACCUCCUCCAAAAGUCAGUGCCACCUUUGGACGACCACAGCUCAAAGCUGUUGUGUUAAAGACCAUGAUCAGGAAACCAAAGAAGCCAAAUUCUGCAAACCGCAAGUGUGCACGAGUACGUCUGUCCAAUGGUAAAGAAGCUGUAGUGUUCAUCCCAGGGGAAGGUCACAACCUCCAGGAGCAUAAUGUGGUGUUGGUACAAGGUGGACGGACUCAGGACUUACCGGGGGUGAAACUCACUGUAGUCAGGGGGAAAUACGACUGUGCACAUGUUGUAAAGAAAAAACAAUGAAUAUUAUGAUUUUGAGUAGAGUUUUCAAAAAAAUAUGAGUUGUUAACCUUAAUGGAUUUUGUAUUUUAAACAACCAUGCACAUUGGAUCUUCUUUAUGGCUUCAAUAGCUACUAUUUUACAGUUAUAUCUUAUAUAAUUGUUUAUGUGAUAGCAAUACCACAAAUAAACUGUAGUGUGGCUGUAGCAAUGUGCUGAGUUGUCAAUCCUGAUGAUCAAGUACAAAGUUUGGUUUUAUCACACUAUACUGCAAUUCAAUUAUACUAUGCCUUUCAUGCAAUGUUACCUCACCUAAUUAAUAUUCAUUAGUCAAUCUUAAAAUAUUGUUAAUAAUUCUAAGACUAAAAUUGUAACAAUGUUCCCAAGAAACCAUGUUGUCUUCAUGCAAAAAUUAUGUUAGUGGUGUACAUUGCUUGGCAGGAAAUAAAAUCAUAUUUAUUAA